CCGGAAAGCACCGUUUUGCCCACGAGAUGAACAGAGUGAGCUGCCUGUAAAUCUUUCCAUGUUGCGAGUCCUUUGUGGUACUGUCAGCACUGUUACAUACCGCUACAAGACAGUACAGCAUCAGCUUCCGAGGGCGUCUCGCUCCUCUGUUUGCAGUAAAAUGCCUUCUUGCUGGCUCAUCAGAGAGGAUGGAACGCACGCGCCUCUCCUGCUCCAUCACCUUAAGACGCUGGUUCUCGGUCGAGGUCCCGAAACUAAAAUUAAGGACCAGAAAUGUUCUAGAGAGCAAGUGGAGCUACGGGCUGACUGCAACAAAGGGUACGUCACCGUAAAACAGUUAGGGGUCAACCCAAGCAGUGUGGACAGCGUGACUGUGGGCAAAGGCAACCAGGUCACAGUAAGGCCGGGCCAGAGACUCCACAUGGUCAACCAGCUCUACGCAUACACCGUAAAGUUCAGCGAAGACACCAUCGCACCUAAAGCUUCCAAACACAGGUCAGAGAUCAAUCAGCGCUCCAAACGACCCCUCUCUGAAGUGGAGGAGGACACAGCAGAACCAGCACCUCCUCACAAAGACCCAGCGCCUCCUCACAAAGACCCAGCACUGCACCAGAAUGCCACAGUAAACAGUGCCUCCCCACCAAAAAAAGCCGCCCCCACCUCAGACAAGCCGCAACCAGCAGGCCACUGGAGUCAAGGAUUGAAAGUGUCGAUGCAGGACCCUAAAAUGCAGGUAUAUAAAGACGAGAGGGUGGUGGUGAUUAGGGAUAAGUACCCGAAGGCCCGGUACCACUGGCUGGUUCUGCCCUGGCAGUCCGUGUCCAGUCUGAAGGUUCUGCAGGCCGAACACCGGGACCUCCUCCAGCACAUGCAGCAUGUCGGAGAGCAGAUGAUCCAGAAAUGUCCAGACGCAGCACGCCUCAAAUUUCGCCUGGGAUACCACGCCAUUCCCAGCAUGAGCCACAUUCACCUGCAUGUGAUCAGUCAGGACUUUGACUCGCCGUGUCUGAAAAACAAAAAACACUGGAAUUCCUUCACCACAGACUAUUUCAUCAACUCUGAGGAUGUCAUAAGGAUGCUGGAGACAGAGGGGAGGGUGUCGGUGAGGGAGGGGACAGAGGAACUUCUCAAACAGCCGCUACGCUGUCACAUCUGUCACAGAGAACAGAACACCAUCCCGCAACUCAAACAACACCUGACAACACACCUACACACACCCACACAC